AUGGCUGGCGACAGCGCGGGGCCGCAGGAACCCCUCAUCGAAGUCAUCACACAAGCCGAAGACUUCCACCAGGCCGCUGAGGCUGCCAUCAACGCCUUCUGCCACCAAGCGCGCGAUGGUGUCUACAUGGGCAUGAACCCAGGCUGGGACACGCCCGAAGGUGUUGCCGCCAGCGCCGAGCGCAUGGCUGCUCGCUGGCGUUCAGUCACGACCAACAAGCAGGGUCAGCCGAACACUGUCUUCCUCAAGGCUACGGUUCCGGACCCCGAGAACCCCGGACAACGCAGGGUCGCUGGUAUGGCCAUUUGGUUGCAGGCUUCGGCUGUCGAGGGCUACGGCGAGCCGAGCCCGACGGACUUAAAGAAGAGCCUCGGAGUCGAGGCGCUCUACCCGAACAACGAGACUGAGCAGCGAUACUUGGCUCAGUGCAUCGGUUCCCUUCAUCGGCGCCGCACCGAGGUCAUCAAGCAAAAAGCGACGGCGAACCCUCCGGCCGUUUUUGCGCUGGAUUUGUGCGCCGUAGACCCGAAAUUCCAAGGAAGGGGCGCUGCCAAGAAGUUGGUGCUGUGGGGUCUGGAGGAGGCCAAGCGACGGGGCGGACUUGAGGCCAUUCUCGAGGGUUCCAGCAUGGGGAGACAUGUCUAUUCGAAAUUGGGCUUCAAACAAGAGGGACCGGAGAUUGAGUACCAUGUUGAUGAUUUCCCCGAGCGCAGCAGACCUUCAAACAUCUUCAUGCGAACUGGCGAUAUCGAGUCAGCUUGA